GGGGAGCCGAGGCCCUGGAGCUCCCGCUCUGAGGGGGACUCGUGGGGGACGAGGCUGGAGCCUGACUCGCGUUGGAGCCGCGCACUGUGUAGCUGCUGUCAUGUGCCGGGUUCCGACCCGGGGGGGAGGAAGCGAGCGAGCCCGAUUCCGCUCCCUUUUGUUUUGAAGCCCGCAUUUGCUGCAGCUAGCAGUUGGACUGGUACCCGGCAAACUUGCAGCUGUUGUGACUGCACUCCGUCGAGCCUGCCCAGGCCCCUGAGCUGGUGGGAUGGAAAACUCUUCUGCUGCAUCAGCCUCCUCCGAGGCGGGGAGCAGCCGCUCCCAGGAGAUUGAGGAGCUGGAGCGCUUCAUCGACAGCUAUGUGCUGGAGUACCAGGUGCAGGGGCUGCUGGCCGACAAGACAGAGGGCGACAGCGAGAGCCAGAGAACACAGUCCCACAUCUCCCAGGAGGAAGUGCUCGGUGGUGGACCACCCAUGAAAGGCUUAACAGAAUGGACAGCGGACUGCAGUGAGCAGCUGGACAGCAGUGGUUCCUUCUCCCGAGGGCGAGCUCCUCCACAGCAGAAUGGCAGCAAAGACAACUCUCUGGACAUGUUGGGUACAGACAUCUGGGCUGCCAACACCUUUGAUUCCUUCAGUGGUGCCACCUGGGACCUGCAGCCUGAAAAGCUGGACUUCACACAGUUCCACCGCAAGCUCCGACAUGCACCCAAGCAGCCCCUGCCGCACAUUGACCGUGAAGGGUGUGGAAAAGGGAAGCUGGAAGAUGGAGAUGGCAUCAACCUGAAUGACAUUGAGAAGGUCCUUCCAGCCUGGCAGGGCUACCACCCGAUGCCCCACGAGGUGGAGAUUGCGCACACCAAGAAGCUGUUUCGGAGGAGGAGAAACGAUCGAAGACGGCAGCAGAGACCUCCAGGAGGAAACAAGCCCCAGCAGCACAGUGACCACCAGCCAGGCAGUGCCAAACACAACAGGGACCAUCAGAAGUCCUACCAAGGGGGCCCAGUGCCUCAUGCCUCAGGGAGGCCUACCCACCACGGCUACAGCCAGAACCGGCGCUGGCACCACAGCAAUAUGAAGCACCUGCCAGGCGACAAAGGGGAGGCAGGUGCCCACCGCAAUGCCAAAGAAACCAUGACCACCGAGAGCCCCAAACUUGAGGACACCACGGGGGACACCAGGCACAGUAGUCUCGAGCCCCCUUGCAGCCCUGAUGCCCCAGCCCUGCCAGCAUCCGAGAGGGUACCCACACCAGUGCCAGGGGGGCCAGAGGCUGAGACAAAGCGUAAAGACAGUAUUAUUCCCGAGCGCGUCGGGGAGCGGCCCAAAAUUACCCUGCUCCAGUCCUCCAAAGACAGACUGCGGCGAAGACUAAAAGAAAAGGUACCGGUAAUUGAAUUUUUGUUGUUCUCUUCCAACCGGGAGGACAGCCGAGAGGAUGAAGUGAUGGUGGAGACAACCAACCCUCAGCAGAACAAGAUGGACAAGCUGAUUGAGAUCUUGAACAGCAUGCGGAACAACAGCAGCGACGUGGAUGCCAAGCUCACCACCUUCAUGGAGGAGGCUCAGAAUUCUACCAACUCUGAGGAGAUGCUGGGCGAGAUCGUACGGACCAUCUACCAGAAGGCUGUGUCAGACCGCAGCUUUGCCUUCACAGCUGCCAAGCUCUGUGACAAAAUGGCGCUCUUCAUGGUGGAGGGGACCAAGUUCCGGAGCCUGCUCCUCAACAUGCUCCAGAUUUAUUUAGGGGCAGUGAGGACAGGCGGUGGCUGCUCAUUGACCAAUGAUCUUACAGAAGGCCUGGGACUUGGCAGAUGUCUCCUUCCUCCUCGUGUGUUCUGCCUCCUCCAGAGAGCCUUCCCUGGCCUCCCAGUCCAGAAGGACUUCACGGUGCGCGAGGAGCUGCAGCAGCAGGACGUGGAACGCUGGCUGGGCUUCAUCACCUUCCUGUGUGAGGUGUUUGGCACCAUGCGUAGCAGCACCGGAGAGCCCUUCCGCGUGCUGGUGUGCCCCAUCUACACUUGCCUCAGGGAGCUCCUGCAGUCUCAGGAUGUGAAGGAAGACGCUGUCCUUUGCUGCUCUAUGGAGCUACAGAGCACAGGGCGACUGCUGGAAGAACAGCUUCCCGAGAUGAUGACGGAGCUUCUAGCCAGUGCUCGAGAUAAGAUGCUGUGCCCCUCGGAGUCCAUGCUGACCCGGUCUCUGCUCCUGGAGGUCAUCGAGCUCCACGCCAACAGCUGGAACCCUCUGACACCCCCUAUCACGCAGUACUACAACAGAACCAUCCAGAAACUGACAGCCUGACAGCCAGGGGGCCUGGAGGGUGGCCCGUGGGCAGCUGGGGCCCUGGUGCACAGAGCCAGAUGGACAGGCGGGAGGACAGGGGUGGCCCUGGUGGGAGAAAGAAAUGGGGAGGAAGGCAAGCAGAGUCAGUGGCCAGUCUGGAGCCAACCGGGAAAGGGGUCAAAUCUCUGAGAAGAGCCUCCCCGUGCAUAAACACCCCCACCUGAGCCUGAGCAUGCAGCAGCUCCUACCAACAAGGGAAGCAUGUUUCUCUUCGGUGGUGGCCCUGGCCCUAGACCUCCCUCACUCCCACCCUCUCCACCCCCAGCCAUCCAACCCAUCCACCUCAAGCCUCAAGCAGAGAUCUCAUCUCUGCAGCUCCUCAGAGGCCCCUGCCCCCCUGCAGCCCUGAACACUAGCCUCCCACACCAGGGCACCGCUUGGGUCAGAAAAGACCUCAGAGGCUGGAAAAGUAGGUCGAGACGGGCUCCCAUUGUUCCCUUCGUGCUGUCAGCCGCAGUCGCCAACUGGCAGCAGGCGACAUGUAGCAGAUGUCCGGGAGGACAAAGGCAGGCACGGUCCCCACCAGCCGCCAGUAAUUGACGGCCUUUGUCAGCCACAGCGGAGCUAGGGAGAGGCGCUUUUGCUCUGCUCUUCACACCCCACCCUCCCAACCUCAGCUCCUCCAGCCUUGCCUCUACCCAGCCCUAGGAGGCUGGCAGCGGGGAGGGGAGCUGGAGCUUGCAACUCAGUUUGCACCCUUUCCUUUUGUUGUGUUUUAUUUUUCAAAAGUCGGUCGCUUUGAAGUCUCUUCUCUCAAUGAAAAUACCCUCGAUGUGAUCACACAGUCAGCCGUGCAAGAACCCCCUGAUUAAUGGGAGAUCAAACCCUGCCCCCUCUGGAAAGAUUCUAGCCAUACACAGCUUGCCAGUAGCCAAUUAGAGUAAUUGGAAACUUCUGCCCCGGCGGGGGUCCCCUGCUGGAAUCCUGUGUCCUCCCCUCCUGGCCUGCAGCAACUCUGCCCUCCAGUUUCUGUCUCUCAAAGGAUCUGGUACUGGGGCUGCUGGACAGUGUUAGCCCUGGUCCUGGCCAUGGGGGUCUUGCAGCAAACAGGCCCCGGAACAAGUUUGGCAAACUAAAACUAAAGUGAAAGUCUUCUCAAGCUCUUAGUGGGGAGAAGGAUGGGGUGGGAGCUGCCUGGCUCCCCAGAAUUUGUCUAAAUCAUGGGCUGUGUCAUUGCCCAAGCCUUAUCCUACACAGGAUCCUGAAGCCUGGUCCUUCCAGCUGUUGGGAGAAGGAGAAAUCGUUGAGUCAUAGGAAGAACAGUCAGGGGGGCACCCUGAUGCAGCUUUCCAGGCUGGAAACAAGGCUGGGAUAUCUUGGAGGGCCCUGUCCUGAGGAGCAGCCUCUUCUGUGAUGGCUAUAGAAGAAGGUGAGGUCAAGCUCUGGGAUGCUGGCAUCAGGAUCAUGACCAGUGUCCACACAGCCUAUGUCUGGAGUGUGGAACCCAUGCUUUGAUAAGCCCCUAUAAAAUGUCAUCAGAACCCAGCAGCUUCUUGAUUUGCUCCUUUCUUGAAGUUGGUCAUACCCUGGGUCGCACUUGAAACCUCUUAUGGCCUCCUGAUCCAAAUCAGACUAGCUGGGAGGUAAAGGGUGGGGAGGUUUCUGCUGAUUGUUUCUGAGUCUAGAAAGAAGUUUCCCACUCAAGACUAUCUUUCCCUCACUGAAACUGGCCUUCUAGUCCUGCGAUGGGAGCCUUGCCAGUCCCCCACAAAAAGCCUCCUUGGGACAAGGUGUGGGGAGCAUAGUUUCCCUUUAAAUGGUCAAUGGCCUCUGCCAAGAGACUCAUGCUGGCCCUUGGCCCCUGCCUUCUUCCUCUCCUGCUCCUCCUUCCCAGGCUUUCUCAAGCUGCUCUUUAGCUGCUCUCCUGCACCAGCCCUUAGGCCCAUCCUGGAGCCCAGGGACACCAGAAACCACGCAGGAGGCCUUGAAGGAAGAGUUGGGCUGAUGUCAGGAUGCUCAGAGAGGGCACUGGGGAAAUCUUGCUCUCAAGGAGCCAGACAUCCCUGGCCAAACAGCUGCUCCCUGCAGCCUCAGAGGGCCACACCUAUGCUUAGAAGGGCCCCUCUUCCCUCAGGUGUGUGUGUGUGUGUGUGUGUGUGUGUGUGUGUGUGUGUGUGUGUACAUACACAAGCAUGUGUGUGCAUCAGCAGAGAACAAAGCAGGGUCCCCAGAAAACAGCGGUCUGAGAGUUGGGUCUCCUAGACCCCUCGUUGGGCUCACAGGAAGGCUCCAUGAAAGAGGGCUCCCAAAUGCUGUGUGGAAGGGCCAGUGUCCCCUGUGGAAGCAAGAGGCAGACGACAUUGUGGACACCGAGGGUCAGAUGUGCCUCCCUCCCGAUGUCCUGUUUGUUGGGGUCUUGCCUCAGCGCCAUCCCCUAUUUGGCCAUGAAGACUAGUGUGAAGAUGUGAGAUAUAAAAAUAUGUAUUAUAUAUAAAUAUAUUUUUUAAUUAUGUGUUGUGUCACAGUGGCUCCAGACGUACAGUUUGCCUAAUUUGUUCCAUUGCUUGAAAGCACUUCCUGGCCCAUCUGAAUAACACUUUUGGCUGUUUUUCUAAAUGCAGGUUGCUGCUUUUUCAGACAUGGAAGGAAAACAUUUUUUUUUU